AUGGCGACUAAGACAGAGAAGAAGCUGUCAGAGUACGUGAUCCAGUGGAAAGGGAUUCUCGUAGUGCAGAGGGCAGUGAAGAAGUUUGCGGAGGAGUUCGAUAGCGAUCGGGAUGCCUGCCAAGUUCCGAUUCGCCUCAAUUCAUUGGACCGAAUCUAUAAGGAGUUACUGGAGGUACAAGGACCGAUCGAGCUGUACGAUAAGUCGGAGAUGUUAGAUACCCACUUAGAAGAACGUGUGGAUCUCGAGACGCGUUAUUGCAGGGCCAAAGGUUUUCUACUGUCCAAUCGCACUGCUGAUCUCAACCAAACCACGCUGAACAACACAAUGGUGACCUCUGCUCACGUUUCGUCCUCGUUCCACUUACGCUUACCCAAGAUCGACCUACCCAAGUUUAACGGCGAUUUCUCGCGAUGGCUCGCAUUCCGUGACACGUACAUGUCGAUGAUUCACAGCAACACAGAUAUUCUGACUGUUGCGAAGCUGCAGUACCUGUUGCAGUCACUAGAGGCAGAAGCCCGAAAACCAUUCGAGUCCGUAGACGUAGAAGCGGACAACUACGUAUCGACUUGGGAAGCAUUGCUGAAACGGUACGAUAACAAGCGGUUCCUGAAGCGUCAGCUCUUCCGAGCUCUCUACGACCUCCCGCCAGUCAAUUAA